UGCGACUUCGCUCUCCUGCAUCCUCGUCGGUACGCUGCCUACCACCUACCACCAGCAACCGACCAGCUCUCUACCAGCAUCACCAUCGACGGAGUUCUGGACGAGAAGGUGUGGGCCGAAGUGCCGUGGAGCGAGCCACUCCAGGAUAUUCAGGGCCCUCUCUUCUGGUCGCAGCCGUGGUUCGCCACCAAGUUCAAGCUGCGCUACGACCAGCAGUUCCUCUACGUCGGCGCGUACUUGGAGGAGACCGAGGUGUGGGCCAAUGUGUCAAAACGCAACGACGUCAUUUUCCACGACAACGACUUCGAGGUCUUCGUGGAUGCCGACGGGAGCACGCACAACUACAAAGAGUUCGAGCUCAAUGCUCGAAAUGCAACCUGGAACCUGUGGCUCAACCGCCCGUACCGAGAUGGAGGCCACGAGAACAGCACACGAGUGGACCCUCAGUAUGGAUUUGACAUGUUGAACAGCGGUAUGCGCUCGGCAGUGUUCGUGAAAGGCCAGAUCAAUGACCCA